AUGGGCCCAGCAGAAAAGAAGGCCAUCUCCAUUUGUCAAGCGCUUCGAGCUCCGCCAUUACUGCAGCUCAAUUCCACGACUGAAGUUCCAUCUCACCAUCCCCGGGAAAAAAACUAUCCGAAGGUUUGCAACAGAAUGCCGGAGGCAAGAGACCGAUUAUCGAGGAGGUAUUUGAGCAGGGGGAAUGUUGUGAGGGUAAAUUCGAUAGCUUUUGUUCUUGAAGACGAGGGCGAUGAAAGGCAUGCUGCUGGAACUCCCUUUCGGUGGAGAGGCACGGCAAUGGUGGGCAUACCUGGGGCUGGGGUGGCUUUUGGGAGAGGCAGUGUUGGAAAUUCAAGAGGUGGUCGUGUUUGGUAUUUGGGUCGAUCGUCUGCACGUAAAACGGGGCUAAAAAAUUUGUCCCUUUCGGUGGGGCGUGGCCGUGGCCGAGCUCUUGGAAGUACUGUUUUGCCCCAUUGCAUCCACAUCAGUUUUCGAGUUGGUGAAGUCCCAAAGAUGCUGCUCGAUAUUGCCACUAACCAGAAGGAUGGGGAUUCCUGCAAGACGCCUCAGAAGAAGCUUCUAGAAAACAUCGACACGGUUGAGAAAGUGGUGAUGGAGGAGCUCCGUAAGCUGAAGAGGACCCCAUCUGCUAAGAAAGCUGAGAAGGAAAAACGGGUGAGGACUUUGAUGUCUAUGCGCUAA